GGCUGAUGCACACACACCGUUCUGGUAGACUUCUCACUUCUGUGUGGCUUUAUCAGUUUCUUACUCAAACACUGAAGUCCCCCACUCUUGGUGAGCAUAUUUAGAACUGGGUCCAGCUCCAAUUACAGAUUGGUCCUUGCUAUGACAGCUAUGAAUAUUUCCAAUUGGGAUGAGACCGAAGGGUUAUACAGAACAACUCUGCCAUUGUGGGAUGUUAUCCUCUCCAUGUUUUACAUACUGAUCUUCUUCAUUGCUGUGCCUGGGAAUGUCUUGGCAUUGUGGGCAUUCUGUCACCAGAAGGGCACUUCACCCUCUAAGGUCUUUCUGAGAAAUCUGUCUAUUGCGGACAUCUGUUAUGUCCUUAUUUUACCUAUGCGCAUAGUUUAUCACCUCUCUGACAACCACUGGCCCUUUGGGAACAUCCUCUGUCAGCUGUCAGGCUUUCUUUUUUACCUUAACAUGUACUGUAGCCUCUACCUGAUGAGUUUCAUCAGCCUGGACAGAUUGCUGGCUGUAAUUUUACCUUUAAGGUCCCAGUUUGUAAGGAAGCCUUUGUAUGCAAAUAUAAGUGUGGCCAUACUGUGGGUGAUGGUUAUUGUGUCUAUGAUUCCAUCACUUUUCUCAAAAAAGAACCAGGACAACUCCGCUAACAACUGCAGCAUGCUGUACCUUGAAAGAACAUCAUCCAAAGCUUUGAUCUCCACCAUGGUUGCUUUUCUAAUUCCCUUCUCUACCAUAGUUAUCACCUAUGUAGUGAUUCUCUUGAAACUGAGAAACCUGAAACAACAAGAAGAGCGUCCGGUAAAAGACAAAGCUGUGAAAAUGAUCAUACUUGUAGUGAUGAACUUCUUGUUUGCAUUUGUUCCAUAUCACAUUUGCAGGAUAAUAUACGCUCAACGUAUAGGUGGAAGCAUGGAGUCAUUGAAAAGAGCCAAUCAGAUCACAUCUGCACUGACCUGCAUCAGCGGUGUAUUGGAUCCUGUAAUGUAUUUCUUCUUGAACAAAAUGUACAGGAAUACAUUUCUUCAUCUGUUUUGUAAAACUAGGAGAUGUGAUCUAUCAGUUUAAAGUCUCUGAAUGACUGUCUUAUUGUUGCACAUUUAAAGGAUUUAGAGAUUUUUAUUUAAUAUUUGUUAUGCAUUAUUUGCACUUGCAGUUUUCUAUAUUGUCUUAUAGCAACAGCUAAAUAUUUUUUUUUUGGAAUUUUAGGUUUUAGACAAACAAAAUAAUAAUUAUGAAAUGGAAUGAAAGGAUGCAUGGCUUUCAUUAUUAUUAUAGUAAUAAAAAUCUGAAAAGUGGGCAAAUCUCUUGUCUUCAGCCCCAUGAGAAAUGUAACAGAACCACCUUUUCUGCAAUUACAGCUGCAUUGGGCAGUUUUCUACCACACAUGCAGGUAGGUCAAAAAUGUCCAGUUUGAUCUCAUUUGACAGAGCACCUUCUUCCACCUGUUUGCUGUGGCUGGUAUCUUAGUUUGGCUGAACAGCCAUGUCUUCACAAAUUUGCAGUUCCUAUGUCGGGUGAUGUUUUGAACAGCUCUCUGUGAGAUGUUCAAGACCUGGGAUAUUGUUUUUUUUAACCCAACUCUGCUUUAAACCUACCCACAACUUUAUCCCUGACUUGUCUUCUGUGUUCCUUGGUCUUUGGUGUUUGUUCAAUAAUGUUCUUUGACAAAUAUCUGAGGCCUUCAUCGAACAGCUGCAUUUAUACUGAGAUUAAAUUAUACAUCGGCAGACUCUACUUAUUAAUUAGCUGUCUUUUGAAGGCAACUAUUUGGACUGGAUUUUAUUUUUGGUAAAAGAGAAAACAAGACUGAAUUCAAACUUUUUAGGUUUUAAUUUAUAAAAGGUUUGAGAAACCAUGAAUCAUUUUCAAGUGGUUUUAAUUUUUUGGAUAUUUGUCAUUGACAUGAAACUCAUCUAAGACAUGAUACCUGUGAAUGUUUUUAAAUUAUUUAUAGUGCAUUAGUUAAUUUAAUACAUUCUUUGAAUAAAUGAAGACAUAUUUCCAUUUCAUACUUCGUAAAUGUGGUGAUGUCCUUAUGAUGUUAUGGCAUCAUGACGAGGAUAGCAAGAAGAUGUAAAGUUAUGUCCUGCUAAAGCUUCAUGAAAAUAUGCCUGUGAAUAAACGCCCGUAUCAAAGAAUUGACCUGUGUCCGAUGUUGGUGCUGAUGAAAAGAGCUACAAUACCACUGUUGCAGAAUAACAGCAUGAACCAAUAAAAAUGACUCAUGCAUGGCAAGUACUAAAACAAAACCUCCCAGUUUUGAUUGCCAUUAGAUGUUAUUUUUCUAAACCACACGGUAUUUGUUUAAAUAUCCAAUAUUGCCUAACUUAAAUAUAAAUGCUUUGAUUUUCAACAGAAAAAAGUGUUUACUUUCUCAACCAAUUAUGCUUUCUUGUGGGUUUCAGAAGGUUAUGACCAGUAAUUCAUUUAGAAAACCAAUAUUUUAUGAAUAAUAAAGUGGAUUGCUUUAUUAUUGCUGGAAAACCACAUUUGCGAUAUUCUAUAUUUUGGCACAGCUGCCCAUAUUCUUUUUAUUAUUAUAAAAAUAGGCAUAAAAAUAAACAUUAAGAGAACACUAUCCUGCGACAAUUUUCAAUGCAGAGCUUUGUCAAGCAAAGAAAAAUGAAAUAACAAAAUUAAAUCAAAAACUCAAAACGAUUUCAAAAUGAAAUAUCAGGUAUGCUGAAGCAAGGAAAAGGGAAUAUAGCCACAGCCAAUUAAUUUUAGGGGAAGUAGCUGAAAUUACAGGUUUUAACCAAACUUGGAGACUAAAAAUAACUACAAAACAACAUGACCCACUGAAUGUGUUUAACAUUUAUAUUUAUACUCUUUUGGUUUUUUUUUUACACAAUUUCUUGGUUAGCAUCUGUAAAUAUGCUACUUGAAGGACAGCACCAAUGCUGUGCUGUAAUCAGUCUGCUGAUAAUCUAAUGGAGCGAAGAAAAUUCUUUUAAUUUAGAGCUGUGCCGGACAUAAUGUUAAAAAUAGAAAUGUAAAGUCAUGGAAAUUUUUUUGCAGUGGCACAGAAAUUUGUGUUUUGCAAAUUUUGCAUUCUUGUUUUAUUAAGACAAUUCCUAUUGUUGUUAGAUUAUCAUCCAGAGUGAUUGGAUGUCGUUUAACUGAAUUCAAAGAGACUCAGAAUCUGUUGUACUUUUCCUUUUAAACCUUGGUGCUGCCUCUGACAUGUUGUUUUGUCACUUUCUACUGUCAAGAUUCAAACAAUGUGUAGGCAUUAAAGAGUGCUUCUGUGGGUCCGGUCAUAUCUGACACAGAGGAGCUUCCCUGUCCAGAUUAAAGGACACAAUUUGUCUAUAAAGCCUACAUGGCCUGGCCCUAAUUUAUUUAAAGCAAUUCUUACACCAUCAUACUCCAGCAAGAGGCCUUAUGUCUACUAAAACAAUGCAUUUGCAUGAUCCUCAAACCUAACGAAAGACCAGGGGUGACUGAGCUUUUACAUUGGUCAGAUCCAUUCUGUGGAAAAGCUUUCCAGUGCAGAUGAAAAAAUGCUCAGACAAUAGACAGUUUCAAAGACACCCGGCAACCCAUCAGUUUUCAUUGGUAUUCAUUUGUAGUGGAGUUUGACACUGUGGAGAUAUAUUAUGUGUGUGCAUUAAUUAUUAUGUUCAUAACCAGUGUGUUAUUAUUAUGUUCAUGAACAGUGUGGGAAAUAAAAUGUAUAACCUGUGUUAGUAUAAGACAUUGUGGCCUGCAGAAGUGUUGUUGCACAAACUUGGCCUUGAGUGUGAUGAAGCAGAAAAUACUGAAGAACUGUAGGGAGAGGAUGUGAAAAAGAUUAACGGGCCAAGCACUCCCUUCUCAUAUCAGCAGAAAAGCAGAGUGCAGGUGCUGGGAGACAGGAACAUGUCCUAAUAUGGUAGGCAGGAAAAUGUGUGUACGUAACCAUAUGUGUGAAAAAACUGUAAACAGGGGCG